GGAAGGCGCGCAGCAGCGAGCCACGCAGCUUUGACGUCGCCGGGCUGCGGCUCCCCGGCUCCGGCACGUAUAGCACAACGUGACGGCAACACCGCCGCCCUCCAUUCACGCUCACACACCCGCACCCGCGCCCGCACCCACCGCACGGCGGAGGGAACCCCGCCGCCCCCCCAUACCCCACCCCCCCGCAACACCCCCCGCCCCGCCAUGGGCCCGGCCGCCGCUCCGCAGGCGCGGUGAGGGCCGCUCCCGGGAAGCGCAAGAGCGAGGACGCACCUCCGCGGGCCCCCGACGCCACCUGCGCGCCCCGCGGGGGGUCCCCCCGCGCAUCAUGCGUGGGCCGCGGAGCUGCGAUGGCAUCUGAUGGCCGCGGGGCGCAGGCGGCUGCGGCGGCCCCGGGAGGCGGUCGGCGGCCCCGGGAGGCGGCGGCGGCGGCGGCCGGCGCCCUGAGGGGGCUGCCGCUCUGAGGGGGGCUCGCCCCGCGCCGCUCCGCGCCGCUCCGCGCUGCGCAGGAGGAGGAGGAGGCGGAGGAAGAGGAGGAGGAGAAGGAGGAGGAGGAGGACCGGAGCGGUGCCCGCCGCCUGCCCCCCGCCGCCCUGCCCUGCGCGGGCGUGCGCGGCUCGGCCGCAGCGGAGCGCGGGGCUCCGGGCGGGCGCUGCGCUGUCUCCCACCCCCCCCCCGCGACCCCCCCGCCGGGCUGGAUAUGUGGAUGCUCACCUGAAGAUGGAUGUAGCCAUCGGGCUGCUGGGGCUGCUGACGGUUCUGCUGGAGGGCAGCUCCGGGCAAGGGGUGUACGCCCCCCCCACCGUGCGGAUCGUGCACUCGGGCCUGGCCUGCAACAUCGAGGAGGAACGCUACUCGGAGAGAGUCUACACCAUCCGCGAGGGCGAGACGCUGGAGCUGACCUGCCUGGUCACCGGCCAUCCUCGGCCACAGAUCAGGUGGACCAAAACAGCAGGAAGUGCCUCUGACAGAUUUCAAGAUUCGAGUGUCUUCAAUGAAACCCUGAGGAUAUCCAACAUCCAGCGACACCAAGGAGGACGCUACUACUGCAAGGCUGAGAACGGCUUGGGUUCGCCAGCCAUAAAGUCCAUAAGAGUGGACGUGUACUAUUUGGAUGAUCCAAUAGUGACAGUCCACCAGAGCAUCGGGGAAGCAAAAGAGCAGUUUUACUAUGAGAGAACGGUGUUUCUCAGGUGCGUGGCCAACUCCAACCCGCCUGUUCGGUACAGCUGGCGACGCGGCCAAGAGGUAUUGCUGCAAGGCUCUGAUAAAGGAGUGGAGAUCUACGAGCCCUUCUUUACCCAGGGAGAAACGAAGAUCCUGAAGCUGAAGAACCUCCGACCUCAGGACUACGCGAAUUACAGCUGCAUCGCCUCGGUGAGGAAUGUCUGCAGCAUCCCUGACAAGAUGGUGUCCUUCCGACUCUCUAAUAAAACAGCAUCCCCUUCAAUUAAGCUUCUUGUGGAUGACCCGAUAGUGGUGAACCCUGGAGAAGCGAUCACCUUAGUCUGUGUGACGACAGGAGGGGAGCCAGCCCCCAGCCUGACGUGGGUGAGGUCUGCCGGCAUCCUGCCCGAGAAGACGGUCCUGAAUGGUGGCACUUUAACGAUACCUGCCAUCACGUCAGAAGAUGCUGGCACGUACAGUUGCAUCGCCAAUAACAAUGUUGGGAACCCUGCAAAAAAGUCCACCAACAUCAUCGUAAGAGCCUUAAAAAAAGGACGUUUUUGGAUCACCCCUGACCCGUAUCACAAAGACGACAACAUCCAGAUUGGGCGAGAGGUGAAAAUCUCCUGCCAGGUGGAAGCCAUCCCCUCUGAAGAGCUCACCUUCAGCUGGUUUAAAAAUGGACGUCCCUUGCGAAGCUCUGAAAGGAUGGUCAUCACACAGACCGACCCCGACGUUUCACCUGGCACCACAAACCUGGACAUCAUUGACUUGAAAUUCACUGACUUUGGGACAUACACGUGUGUUGCAUCUCUGAAGGGAGGUGGCAUAUCGGAUAUCAGCAUCGAUGUCAACAUCUCCAGUAGUACAGUCCCACCCAAUUUGACUGUUCCUCAAGAAAAGUCACCCCUGGUGACCCGGGAAGGGGACACGAUCGAGCUGCAGUGCCAGGUGACAGGGAAGCCCAAGCCCAUCAUUCUCUGGUCGCGAGCAGACAAGGAGGUUGCGAUGCCGGACGGGGCCAUGCAGACGGAGAGCUACGAUGGGAUUCUGAGGAUCGUGAACGUGUCCAGGGAGAUGACUGGAACCUACAGGUGCCAGACCAGCCAAUACAACGGGUUUAAUGUGAAACCCAGAGAAGCUUUGGUACAGCUCAUCGUACAGUACCCCCCAGCCGUGGAGCCCACCUUCCUGGAGAUUCGGCAAGGCCAAGGCCGGAGCAUCACCAUGAGCUGCCGGGUCCUGCGGGCAUAUCCCACCCGGGUCCUCACCUACGAGUGGCGCCUGGGCAGCAAGCUGCUACGCACCGGCCAGUUCGACGUGCAGGACUCCACCGAGUACACCGUCAGCAGCCUCUCCCGCGACAGCUAUGGCAUCUACAACUGCAACAUCAUCAACGAAGCGGGUGCGGGGCGGUGCAGCUUCCUCGUGACAGGCAAAGCCUACGCUCCCGAGUUCUACUACGACACCUACAACCCCCUGUGGCAGAACAGACCCCGCGUCUACUCCUACAGUCUCCAGUGGACCCAGAUGAACCCCAACGCUGUGGACCGCAUCCUUGCCUACCGCUUAGGGAUUAGGCAGGCCGGACAACAGCGUUGGUGGGAGCAGGAAAUUACAGUGAAUGGAAAUAUUCAAAAGGGAGAACUAAUUACCUACAACCUAACUGAGCUGAUCAAGCCAGAGGCAUAUGAAGUCCGUCUAACGCCCAUCACCAGAUUUGGGGAGGGGGACUCAACUAUUCGGGUCAUCAAGUAUAGCGCUCCAGUAAAUCCACAUCUACGAGAGUUCCACUGUGGGUUUGAGGACGGUAACAUUUGCCUUUUCACUCAAGAUGACACGGACAAUUUCGACUGGACAAAACAAAGCACUGCCACUAGAGACACAAAAUAUACCCCGAACACGGGGCCAAACGCGGAUCGGACGGGCUCCAAGGAAGGGUUCUACAUGUACAUCGAGACAUCCCGCCCCAGGCUGGAAGGAGAAAAGGCCAGACUUGUUAGUCCUGUUUUCAGUGUCGCUCCAAAAAAUCCCUACGGAGCUACGAACACAGCUUAUUGCUUCAGCUUCUACUAUCACAUGUAUGGACAGCACAUAGGAAGCUUGAACGUUUACCUGCGGUUGAAAGGGCAGACGGCGAUAGAGAACCCGUUGUGGUCUUCAAGUGGAAAUAAGGGACAGCACUGGAACCAAGCUCGCGUUAAUAUAAACCCCCCGACUUCAUUUCAGCUCAUUUUUGAAGGGAUCCGGGGCCCUGGCAUCGAAGGUGAUAUUGCUAUUGAUGAUGUGUCAAUUGUGGAAGGAGAGUGUAUGAAAUCAGACCAACCGGCCAACAAUUUACGAUCAGGUGCUGUUGGGACAUUAGCGCAUAUACGACUUAUCCCAGUUAUCAUCCUCAUGUCUGUCUUAAGUCAUCAGAGGUGACCUUAUCCUGGCAGAGGCUACAAAAGAUUCACCAGGCACUGGCAUGAAGAAAGAGUCUUUGUAAAAUGGACAUUUAAAAACAAACUACCAAAGAUUCCUCCACUGACUGACUCAAAAGUUAAAUAAAUACAUAAAUAAAUAAAAAAAAAAGUUAAUUAAAAAGCACUGGGGACAUAAAAGGCAUCACAGGAGUGUAACUCACUAUGAACCACGCGUGAGAACGAGAUCUGGCCUAAGUAAGGAAGAGACCUUCAGGUGCUUUUGUGGUCAAUAAUGAAUACAGCAUCGUCUGGUUGAACUCUCGGAAAAGAGCUAUAGAAACCCUUGUCAAAGCACAAAGUCAUGGCUGGUUUUGUUUCAAAUGAAUAGUUUGCUUGUUACCAUGGAAACCUAAUGGCCUGCCAAAAAAAAAAAAAAAAGGAAGGAGAGAGAGAGGAAAUAAAAACAAAAGCAGAGAGAGAGAGAGAGAGAAACACCUCACUGUAAACAGGGUAUGUGAAGAGCUGGCAUUCAUUUUCCCUUCAAGAAGGUUUUUAGUAUAGGGUUAAAUAAAUGUAGGCCCUUUCUACUUUGGCUGUCACCUCCCCUAGAGAAUAACCCUAAAUCAGAGCUGUUUUAAGACAUUUCUGUUUCAUUUCUCAUGGCUAUGCUUGAUAACUGUAUGCUGUCUCCUUUUGCAUGCAUUACUAUCCAGGAUGUGCGACCUGGGCUUACAUAUUACACAGGCUUAUCGGAGUUUGCUUGCGGCCACUCGAACACCCCUCUCCCCUCCCCGACUAAGUCAUCUGUUCUAAUGAAGUGAAGAAACCAAACCACCGACUUUUAUAAAUUGCCAUGGAAACCAAGUGCCUUCAAUGAAACAAGCCUGAUUUAAAAAAUAAAGAUAAAAAGAUAAAAAAAAAAUAAUAAAAAAAAAUGAGAAUAAUAGUUUCAACACAGAAGCUUGCACUGCUAAAAUGUGGUUUGUGCAAACUAUUUUCUAAACAAACUACGGAGCCUGGGUGUGCAGACUGCAGGCAAGGAGACGAAGCCGCUUCUGGAGAUGGAUGGACCUAAGCUGCUGCGUAAGCCCUUUCGGAUGAGAUGUUUGUUGUUUAACCUUCCAGACAGCCAUGGCCUUUCAGCUUAUUAUCCAUUAGAAAAUAGCUUCCGUUGGUCCUGGAAAUGGGAGCAGCACUCUCUUUUUUUUUUUUUGUUGUUGUUGUUGUUUUUUCAGGUUAUCAAGUGGGUCAACCAGAGGAAAAAGGUUGUUAAGAUACACUUAGCGCAGAAGGUGGUAGAACUUCACACAGAAGUGAUUUUUCUUACUCUGACCUCCAUUGGCAAGGCAGCCGGCCCCGGCGGGACGGGGAGGCGCGCGCAGGGGACGGCGGCGCCGACCGAGACACCACCAAAGCCCAGAGCUCCCUGCAGACUUGGCGCCCGCCGACCACCCAGGGUGCCGUGCCCCUGCCCCGCAGCCAGACUCUGAGCAGAUCGCGAAAGAUUAUUUUGUUAUUGUAGCGAAAUAAAAAAAAAAUAAAAAAUAAAAAAUAAAAAAAAAAAUCCACUUUUACAACAACGAGAAAAAAAAAAAAAUAUAUAAAAGCUGUACAAAUGGUUUUGAGCUACCCGAACACCUACCGUUAGCCAGCCGGUUUUCCACUGCGUUGUAAAGUUCCCUUACAGUUGGUUAUGACAAUUUGAAGACCUUUUUCCUUAAAUUAUCUCAGAUUUUAACUUCAUUUCAAAAAAAAAAAAAAGACUUUUGUCUAAAGAAGAGUAUUAUUAUUAUAAUUAUUAUAAUUAUUAUUAUUAUUAUUCUGUGUUCUCUCGACACCCUAGGAUUAAAAGAAAACCUGAUAUGCAAGUAAUUGGAGUACAAACACGAAAACAAACAAACGAGUAUAAUAUUUGCAAAUAUGAGUAUAAAAAGCACAACGAGAUGCAGUAAAACAAUGACAAGGCUUGAUUUUUUUUAUUCUGUAGAGAAAUGUUUGUGCAAAUUCAGUAAUUCAACUGAAGAGAUAAUUUUACAGCUAUGUUCAAUAAAGCCUCUUUCCAGGUAAGGUAUGCCAAGUGGUACGUGUGUUUGUUGAGCAACGUGCCCAGGAUGGGUGCAACUGGGAUGGCUUGGUUUUUCCCCUGGUAAACUGGUGGUGUCUGAAGACGUAAUGGUCCAUACUGGUCAUGCUCGGGGGCUGGAGCGUUCUGAGGAUGCUGCCGGGUCCCUGGUUUGUAGGCGGUUGGCGGUGUCCAUAAUCAUCCCCCGCACCGCGGCGGGAAGGCUGCUCCGAAGAUGGUGGAAGCUCUUGAGUCUGGAUAGACUGUGAGGUUUGACAGCUUUAAAAAAAAAAAAAAAAAAAAAAGCAGAUUUCCCGCUGGCAAGCACUGGAUUUAAAUUGUGGAUGGAGGACCAGGUCAGGUAUGGUGAGACCUUGACACAGAUUUUUUGCGUAGGAGGUUGGUGUGUCUCAUAAUUCAGGAUUUGUGGAACCCAAAAUGUCACGUCUCCUCCUGGUGAUCUCUCCUGAAAGCCACAGAACUGCACGAUCGUCCGAGAGGCUCCUCUGUGGGCUUUUUUGGCGUGACUGUUGUCGGAGGGGCUGGCCUCGCCCGAGGCUGCUGAGGAGCCCUGCCAGGAGUGGAUGCGCGGGGGGUUUUGGCAAGAGACUCUCCUGUUACAUUUCCUAUCCCGUCUCUGACCAUCGUGCGAUCUGGGCGGCUCCUUUUUUGCUCAUUUUCCAGUCAGCAGCAGCUGCCGCGAUGCUCCGGGCUGGAGUUGGGCUGGUGCCGCAGUCGGUGCUGCACGAGGCCCCCACCGCUCGUCGACCGGCACCACUUCACCGCGCUAAGCUGAUGACAGACCUCAUUCUGCUGUGUGUUAUGACGCCCAAUUUCACUGUCCUGAACAGAUGAAACAGGGAAUAUGGAAAAAAAAAAAAAGAGAACGGCCAUCUGUCGAUCGCUUUGAAGUAAAAUGUGAAAUGGUUCUUUUCCUUUAAAUAUUUUCCUAUGUUUCCCUCGAAUUUAUCCCUUCCAAAAAUAGACUCAAAGUAAAGUGAAAUUUGGAGGCCCGUUGGUCAGUACAAGCCAGGAGAAGCAUCUUCGAAGUGCCGGGCAGAGCUGGGGCUGUGGGGCUGGCGGCGGCAUGCCGGGGGAAUCCGCGGGAAGGGAAGACUUGGAAAGCGGCCUGCAAUGUCCUCUCGAGCUCGGGCAGCUGUGACAGAGACAGCCUGAAGAUGCUGGAACGGAGAACAUGCUUGCUUGUUUAGGUGCCAAGCUAAGACUGCAAACUGAAAUCCCUGUUUCCUCUUUGCAUUUUGAUUUUUCUUUCCCUCGGUCGAGGACCGUGUUGAGUAUUUGAUAAAGGUUUUCAACUGACAGCCAAAGACCGCAGUCGUCCUUCUUUCGGGGCAGGAUAAUCUGUUUGUCCUGAAAAGCCCAGGCCUUUGUGCGAAAGGAAAUGUAUUUCCCAUGCCUAUUUCAGUUUUACACUGCUCUCUUGGGUGCAGAAGAAGGUGCUAAGAAAAGCUGUUUUUCUCUUUCAGGUAUUAAUUUAGGAGUGGUGUUAUCUUCCUUUACAUUCCCAGUGUAAACCACCGAGAAGGCAAUGGGAUUUUACUUUGUCUGGGCCAUGAGCAAGAAGUACAAACUGAGCUAUGUAUUUUCUAGUCUUGAUUUUUUUUUUUUAAUUUUCUUUUUCAGCCUGGUGUGAAAAUGGAUGUAGUAUUUGUAAAAUCUCUGGACUGACAAUCAGACAAAGGGAGUUUGAACUGGCGGCUUUUCUAUGAAAUCUAGUAAACGCUAUGAUUCAGUUCGUGGGUAACCAGUCUAGUGAUGUUUCUGAUGGAUUUUUAAAUUGGACAUCAAACGCAUAAUUGUGCAAAUGUGGACUUGGCAGCAGCCACGACACUUGGCUGCUGGGAUCAGGGGCCGUGGUUUCUGUGGGGGUGGCUGUGGGAGCGAGCUGGGUGUUCCAAGGCAGAGGUAGGUGGAGCCCAUGGUUAACUUUCCGGUUGUUUUAAAUCCUUCCUCAGAAUGCUUGGGGGGAAUAAGGAUGUUAUGAGAGUGCUCCCCUUUCGUUGCCUCCAACAAAGCGACCCAAGUUCAUUUCUGUCCCAAAGCACAUAGUUUGAAUGUGAAAUCCCACAUACAAUUACCAGGUACUUUGAUCUCGCUGUGCUACCAACGCACCACUUCUCCAGCUAGGCUUGAAUCCUGGACGAGACUCAAGGAAGGAUAAAAGAGCAUAGACUAAAAGGGGGCAAACACAUUACAAAUCACGCUACAAAUGGACAAUUAGGAUUUGAAGGCAGGAGCAGGUCCUUGAGAGCCCAUCAAAGUGGUGAUGGCUUAUGUGAUGAAGGCAUUAACUAGUGGAGGAUCUUUACACUGGGCUCAUCUCGUAUCAGCCAGUUUUUGGAGAUUGUUAUCUAAGGGUGUGCUACUGUCAGGCCCACAGAAAUCCUUAGAAAUGUGAAAUUUCCUCUUACAUUUUGGGGAGGAACUGCUGGUUCACCCAAAAGAGACGGAGCUACAGCUGCCAGUCCCCGAGCGGCUGCAAGCCCCACGCGCAGGGACCGACCUCCACCGAUGCCGGAGCAGUUUCCUUCUUGACACCCAGCACUUGAAUCACUGGUGUAAAUGGUGUCAUUUAGUUUGAACAGCUUUUGGGGGCAAUUAGGAUCCCCAAACUUUAAAACAGAGUUAAUCAGUUAAAACAUCAGCUUUUUGUUCGUUUGGUUUCUCUUUUAUUGCCUUGUAAGGUCAGUGAAAUCCCUUUGUAGUGAGUAGUUUAGUCAGAAUGAUCCAAUUUUUUUCCACCCUUACUGGAAGAGGCUUACCUGGUUUUACUUUUGGAGGGUUUAUUCGCUAGUAAUGUUUUUUCAUGUAUCAAAGGGUAAUUGAAACUCUCUUCCUCCCUGAGAAGAACUGUGAUCCAUCAGAAGAAUGGCUUUCUAGAGCAGCUCAAUAAAAAAGAUACAGUUUGGUAUUUUAAGCACUCUCUGCCUAUAUAUGCUAGUAAAGAGAUUGGGUGCCAUCUGGAUUAAUUCUUGUAUUUUCCCAUGAAACUAUAAAAAGCUAUAAAAAAGGUUAUUAUUACAUUUCUGAUUUUUUUUCUUCCCAACAAAGCAACGCCACAGGAGCGUGCUCCCUCAUAUACGGUUGCCCCAUCUCAGCAGCACAGGAGGAAUUAAACCAGCGGGUACUAACCAUUUGAUUUUCCUUCGUGCAAAGGAGCUUAGCGACCCACAGCUCAUGCAAUCCUGCAGUCCUGGGACCGUCGGUCUUCGGAAUUUUUGUGUCAUCUUUCCCUAAACCCCAAACCCAGUGUCACCCCGUAGAUCCCAUGGGAACGUGCCCUGGUAAGGGAAGGUGCUCUGCGGGACUCGUGCUGGGGAGGGACGUGCUGGGCGAUCCUGCUGCCGGCGACCACCCACCGUGCCCCUGCUCACAAAUUCAUCAGUCUUAAAACCCAUUAAAAGGUAGAAGAGGGAGGAUGCGUUUGAUUUUUGCCCCUUACGCUGCUCAAAAGGCGGUUGCAAAACCUCGCUGCUGGGUGGUUUGCCACCCCCAUUCUUGUCCAGCGUAAAUGUGUUCAUGGCCAGUUUAGAGUCAUUUGUUCCCGUGCCAGUAACCUUAAAACAUAUUUUCCUCUCUUUCUGUUGUUAAGCUCCUUCUGCUCUGUACCCUCAGACCACCUUCAGGCCCCCCUUUUGGCUGUUUUUGGCGACGCCGGAGUAUCUCUGGGUUAGAAAAGAUAUAUGGUAAAAACUAGGAGCUAUUAUUAACCCAAAUGCAGGGUACUUGGGAUAGUACAUCCUGGUGUGACAUACCAAAAUACAACAUAGUUUUCCUUUGCAUCUGUCAGAUUAGGGAGCUUGUACUAUGAGCUUUCUAUUAUGGGAAGGAUGUUUUAUUUACCCCCCCCCAAAAAACCACAUCCACAGUCUGUGAAGAUGUCACCCCACUUACACUUGAGCGCUUCUGGAGGGCAAGUCUUUCAGAGGUUUCAGUGGUGACACUGAGAUUUUCCUUUAAUAAACUAUGAUCUUACCCAUACCUCUCAGGAAAUAGUUGUGUCAUAACGGGACUACUCAAGUGAGAACAAACCAGUCAAGUCAUCAGAGAACACCAUGGCACUGUCCAUGUGGGAAGCAAAUCCCUCCUCCCUGUGUGCCCCUCCUCAAACACCCCAAAACAUCCAAGUUCAGCAAUGAGCUCCCAGUCAUUCGCCACGUUUUGUGACUUAAUGAGAGCAACUCUAGUACUUUGAUUAAAACUCUGUGUUGGACGCCUGACAGGAAACAUAAAUAGGAGGAUUAUGUUUGCGUUCCCCCUGUAGGUGCGUCUCCAUGCGUCUGGUGACCUCACCUAACAUGGUCUCCCCUAGCUGGUUCUUUGUAUGACGUGAUCAGGUUGAGUGUCACCUUAUCAGAGCUUACCAGGGACCUAUGACAGGUGAUUUGCCAUAAAUUUCCUUCCAUUUCUAUUCUCUGUACAUUUUUUUCCAUUGAGAAAGAGACUUGAAUGUUGGCAAGUGCUUGGAAAAUUAAUAUUCAUGUAGCUUUGCUCACAGCUAAGGUCAUGGCUGGCAACAGGAGAAACAUCACCACCAAUUCCUCAGGAUCCAGGAUCUUUGCAUGCAACAAGUCUUCGCCUUCCGCAGGCUGGAGGUUUGCAGUCCUCUGCCCAUAGGGCAGAAACAGGAACACUGCAACAACCGCGACUGCAAGUCCAUUGAAUCGUUUGUGAAAGAUUUGACCACAAAAGAGAUUGGAGACACGCAUGUCACUGCGAGUAAGAAUUAGCAGCCUCAGCACCUUCUCAGGAAAGAUCAGAUGCGCUUCUGCUUGCACACUACCAACUGCAAAGGGAAAAAAUCUGUGUGUUUGUGUGUGUAAAUAUUAUAUAAAUAGCUGUAAUUGUAUGUAUUUAAUGUAUAUAUAAUGAUUAUUACAUUUUAACGAUCUCAAAUAUUGUAUAUAGCCAAAACUUGGUCUCUUAUUUUACUAGCACACCCACUGUACAUUUAUUUUUUGUCAUUGUUGUUGAUGUAUCUGGUUAAAUUACAAACUGGUCUCACUUUUACC